AAGUAAACAGAAAACAGUGAGGAAAGAGCUCGUGUCAGUCGCCAUAACGACGUUUCCACGGUGGAAAUACGCGAUGAGGCGUGAAAGCGGACGUUAAUUUGGCGUUUCCCGAGUGUUUUUAAGUCAACUCGGGAGAUUUUGGUGCCAGUUGACUCGCGCUGUAGCGAUGAAGGGAGAGGCGGAAGUGAAGUCACUUGACAGACCGUCCAUGUUAUUAUUGUUAUUUUGGUUAGCCCUGUGAUGAGACGGGCAGGGGAGCCGUUGGUCUCCGACACAGCGAGCGUUCACGGUAACCACAGGCCGCUCCGGACCGACACCACCCUCACCACCGCCUCCUCACUGACCCAGAGACAGGAGCCUCGCUGGCGGCUGGGGGGGAGGAGGAGGAGGAGGGUGUAAAGAACCCAGCUUCAGCUCGGCUCCUACAUUUCGACCGACCAAAAAUAAAACGGCGACAAAAGCAAUAACGGCAUUCGUCAACCGCCUCCGCUGGUCUUUAGUGGGGACGUGUCGCCGCAGACAUGAACGGUAUCACCAAGGGCCGGUUCGAGGUGUUCUCAAACAGUGACGAAGCGCCUAUUAACAAGAAGCUCCCCAAAGAGCUUCUUCUCAGAAUAUUCUCCUAUCUAGAUGUGGUUACACUCUGCAGGUGUGCCCAGGUAUCCAAGGCGUGGAAUGUCUUGGCCCUGGACGGCAGCAACUGGCAAAAGAUCGACUUGUUCAACUUCCAGACAGACAUAGAGGGGCGGGUAGUGGAGAACAUCUCAAAGCGCUGUGGAGGCUUCCUGAGGCAGCUCAGCCUCAGGGGCUGCCUGAGUGUUGGAGAUGCCUCCAUGAAAACAUUUGCUCAGAACUGCAGGAACAUUGAAGUGUUGAACUUGAACGGCUGCACCAAGAUUACAGACAGCACCUGCCUCAGCCUCAGCAAGUUUUGCUCCAAGCUCAAACACUUAGAUCUCACUUCCUGUGUGUCCGUUAGCAACCACUCCCUCAAGGCCCUCAGUGAUGGCUGCAGAAUGCUGGAGACAUUGAACCUGUCGUGGUGUGACCAGAUCACACGUGAUGGCAUUGAGGCCCUAGCCAGGGGCUGCAGUGGCUUACAUGCACUGUUCCUCAGAGGCUGUACACAGCUGGAUGAUGGAGCACUGAAACACCUACAGAAACACUGCCCCGAACUCACCACCAUCAAUAUGCAGUCUUGCACACAAAUAACAGAUGAUGGCCUGGUCAGUCUGUGCCGAGGUUGCCACAAGCUGCAGGUCCUCUGUAUGUCUGGCUGCAGUAACAUCACUGAUGCCUCUCUCACUGCACUGGGACUUAACUGUCCUCGACUCAAGAUUCUUGAAGCUGCACGAUGCUCCCAUGUUACAGAUGCUGGGUUCACUGUGCUUGCCAGAAAUUGUCAUGAGCUUGAAAAAAUGGACUUAGAAGAAUGUAUUUUGGUGACGGAUAACACCCUGGUUCAACUCUCAAUCCACUGCCCACGCCUGCAAGCACUGUCCCUGUCCCACUGCGAGCUCAUCACAGAUGACGGCAUCAGAGCUCUGAGCAGCAGUACCUGUGGCCAAGAGCGCCUCACAGUGGUGGAGCUGGACAACUGCCCCCUCAUCACUGAUGUGACCCUCGAGCACCUGAAGAGCUGCCAUCGUCUAGAGCGCAUCGAGCUCUAUGACUGUCAGCAAGUCACCAGGGCUGGCAUCAAACGCAUUAGGGCCCACCUUCCAGAAAUCAAGGUCCAUGCCUACUUUGCUCCAGUAACACCCCCCCCUUCUGUACAUGGAGGUGGCCAGCGUCUGUGCCGCUGCUGCAUCAUCCUCUGACAGUGGAGGGCCAGGGGGGGCCACCUCUGUCUACAGGUCCUGCUGCUCUGAUAUGGGCUGAUAAGGGGGUUGGGAGUUCGGGCUGGGGUAGGUGGUGUAGGGGAGAGGAGGGGCUGGACCCACUCACUGCUCCUGAUCACUGAUCAAAACACAAACUGUCCGCCACUGAUCCCUGAUCAGUUGAAACCACCCCUUCUCUCUCCUCUUGCUCACCAGUCAGCAUUACAGCAGCCCGGGGUUACAGCGUGGAGGGGUUGGAGGAAAGAGUAAAUGGAUGGACUUUUCUCUUUUUUUCUCUUUCUGUCUCAUUCUCUGUUUCUUCCUCUGAAGACAAAAACAGACUGUCCAGUCCAUACUGCUCUUCACACCAACUGAUUCCCCACCUAUGGGUGUAAAGGACUGCAUCUGGAAAGGUGCAGAAAGGCUGAUCAGUGGAACUACAAUGCAUCAUGAUCAAAUGAAAUUAAAAAAAAAAAAAAAAAGAUGAUAUUGUCAUCUUGGACAACAGUUUACUCUCUGAGGAGUAUCAUCUCAACCAAUCACAUGACACCUUUGUGUGACCAUCCUGUGACUCAUUUUGCUUUAACCAAUAGACACAACAUGGAGGGAGAUGAGAGCUGGGCUGUUGGUGAAAUGCAAAUCUUCAGUGAAGCUUUGGCACAGCCAGCUCAAUUCUACAGUGUGGAAGAGUUGGGACAAACAGGAAAUAUAGAACAGGACAUGUGACAUACUUGUGUAUCUGAGAAACUUCUGUUGAGAUAAUUCUGUUUGUACAAAGAAUGUUUUGCAACAGAAAAAAAAGAAAUAACACUUACAGCAACUCACUCAGCAAUUGGGAAAGCCAACAAAAAAAAAAAAAAAACAACAACCCUUAUUUUCUCCUUUUUUCAGUGCUUAUUGUAAUUGUCCAUGCCUGUCUACUCUGAGGGGAUGUACCCUUUCUUUUUUGAAAAGUAAAAGAACAGCUGCUGUUUGA